GAUGACGUCCCGAGCUCUUCCACCGCUCUCCUUCGAUCGGCAUAUUGAUUCUCGGCAGUUUUCGAGGCUGACAAGUGGGUAGGCCACGGAGCAACAUGUACACCCGAUGCAGGUAAUUGCGGGGUACAGAACCUGACGAUGCCUUUCCACCUGAACCUCUACUGUUUUCUUACUCCUAUUACCUCCGAGAUACAAUUCAAUUGAAGAUGCCGUCCACUCUCAAGAGAAGCCCUCCCUUCCGAGCUGAGCAUGUUGGCUCUCUGCUCCGGCCCGAAGAGCUUGUUCAGAAGCGGUACGAUGUCGCUUCAGGCAAAGCAUCGCCUGAGGAGCUCGUACCAUUGGAGAAGAAAUCGGUCGCAGAGGUUGUAAAGUUCCAACAAGAUUGCGGUCUCAAAGUAGUUUCGAGCGGAGAGUAUACCAGACAUCAGUUCUGGGGUCUCUUCUUCGAAACUCUGAACGGUAUGAAGGAGCUGCAACUCGGCGUCCUCGAAGGUUAUGACAAGGACAUGUUCCGCCCGUACGCUCCCGACAACAAGUCCUUCAUGGAGGCCAAGCAGGUUCCCAACCAAGUCACCGUCUGCGUCAGCAAAAUCAGCCACACUGGCAAAUCAAGCAACCAGCACGAAGUGGAUCUCAUGAAGAGCCUACUUCCCGAAAGCGAGUGGAAGAACAUCAAGAUCACGUUGAUAUCGCCCUCCUGGUACCACUACCGCUACAACGCCGGAAGAGCUUUCCCCAAGGACGUGUACGCGACCGACGAGGAAUAUUUUGAGGACAUCGCAAAGGCAUAUCAGGAGGAAUUGAAGAUCUUGCAUUCCCAGGGCAUUAGGAAUAUCCAGAUCGACGAUCCUAACCUCGCUUACUUCUGCUCAAAAGACGCAUUGGACGGCUGGGCCGCCGACAAGACAAACACCAAGUCAGCCGAUGAGAUGUUCGACGCAUACGUCAAGUUCUACAACAAGUGCUUCGAGCGUCCCGAGGACAUGCAUCUCGGCAUCCAUCUCUGCCGUGGAAACUACCUCGGAAGCCGUCACUUCUCUGAGGGCGCAUACGACAACAUCGCGAAGAAGUUGUUCCAGGACCUCAACGUAGACACUUACUACCUCGAAUACGAUACCCCCCGUGCCGGUGGUUUUGAGCCCCUCGCCCAUCUCCCCAAACACAAGAACGUCGUCCUCGGUGUUGUGACAUCCAAGUUCCCCGCUCUCGAGGAUAAGGACGAGAUGAUUGCGCGCGUCAACCAAGCUGCUGACUGGAUUGCCAAGGGCACCGGACAGUCGCGUGAAGAUGCGAUCCAACAAUGCUGUGUUAGCCCACAGUGUGGGUUUGCGUCGCAUGCGGAAGGGAACGCGCUGGGUUAUGAAGAUAUGAGGAAGAAGUUGCAGCUGGUCAGGAGUAUCGCUGACGCGGUCUGGCCAGGACAACCAUAGAUGGAUGUGUAUAACAGGGGUAGAAGUAUUGAGUGAAUGGAAAAGUGAAGGUAGUUUGUAUUGGUAGUGAGGAACAGUCUGCUGAUCUUGUCGAACGUAUCCUGGAAAGUACAAGUGCGUUCCGUUCGACACCUCCUUAGUUGGUUCAGACAUAAUGUAUAUCAACAAAUUCAACACUGUUGAAUGCAGUUACUCAGUGGCAUAAUUCAAUCGAGGGGUUAGCUCGCCCAGUAGACAUGAAGGAUAUAUUCAACCUGGCUCAAG